AUGGCUUCCCACAACAAUGAGAAGAACCCAACCGAUAUCGAGAUCGAGCGCGGUCCUGACAACACUGCCGCCUUGGCAGACGCCGGCCUCGACAGCAAGGUCCUGAGCUCUGCAGCUCAGGAAGGUACCGAUGCUGAGCACAGCUAUGGCUUCCUUCAGGGUAUGAAGACAUACAAGAGCGCGGCAUUCUGGUCCAUGGCCAUUUCUGCCACCAUCAUCAUGGAGGGUUACGACGUCACCCUCAUUGGCAGCUUCUUCGGAUAUCCCGAGUUCCGUCGCAAGUACGGCGAGUACCUCGAUGAGGAGUCUGGCUAUCAGGUCAGCGCCGACUGGCAAACCCGCUUCAACACCAUUGGUGCUGUUGCCAACAUUGUUGGUGCCCUCCUCAACGGUUGGGCUACUGCUCGCUGGGGACAUCGCUGGACCAUCAUGGGCUCUCUGGCCUGGCUCACGGCUUUCAUCUUUGUCGUCUUCUUUGCCGAGAACAUCGAGACCCAGCUUGCUGGCCAGGUCCUUUGCGGUAUUCCCUGGGGUGUUUUCGCCACGUCCGGUCCUGCCUACGCUGCCGAAGUCACACCUCUGGCCAUUCGCGGUUAUCUCACCGCCUAUGUCAACUUGUGCUGGGCAACCGGUCAAUUUAUUUCUGCGGGUAUCCUUGCUGGCCUCGUUGAUAAGCCAGGCGAGAUGAGCUUCAAGAUCCCCUUUGCCCUGCAAUGGAUCUGGCCUAUUCCUCUCGGUCUGGUGGCCUUCUUCGCGCCCGAGUCGCCCUGGUACCUUGUCCGACAGGGCCAGUUCGAAAAGGCUAAGCACUCUCUCCAGCGUCUCGCUUCUGCCCAGCACGAAGUCAACCACGAUGCGGCCGUUGCCAUGAUGAUCCACACGGACAAGACGGAGAAGGAGGAGCGUGCUGGUGUUUCUUACUAUGACUGUUUCCGUGGUACCAACCGUCGUCGCACGGAGAUUGCCAUGAUGUCGUUCAUGUCCCAGAUCACCAACGGUGGCGCUCUCUGCUACUCCGGCACUUUCUUCUUCCAGCAGGUCUUCCAGAAGACCGGAACCCCCGACAGCGUCGCCUACUACAUUGGUCUCGGCGGCACUGGUGUUGCGUGGGUUGGCACUUGCAUCUCCUGGCUGUACAUUCACAAGUUUGGUCGCCGUCGCAUUUGGCUCGUCGGUUUCUCCAGCUUGGUCGUCAUCCUCUGGCUCAUUGGUAUCCUGGCUAGUAUCCCCAACCAGACCAUCGCUCUCGGUUGGACACAGUCUCUACUAUGUGUUGUCUGGCUCGGCGCCUACUCCAUGAGUGUCGGCCCCAUCGUCUACACCAUUGUCGCUGAGAUUGGCUCGACUCGUCUGCGCACUCACACUGUCGUUCUGGGCCGUAGCUUCUACUACGUUGGUAACAUCAUCUGCGGUGGUAUCCUGCAGCCCCGCAUGAUGGCCCCCGGUGCUUGGAACUGGAAGGGCAAGACUGCCUACUUCUGGGCCGUCCUCGCCACUCUCACGCUUGUCUGGGGCUACUUCCGUCUCUUCGAGACCAAAGACCGCACCUUCGGAGAGAUGGACUACAUGUUCCAGAAGGGUGUCCCUGCUCGCAAGUCGUCCAAGUACGUCAUUGACGAGAGCGACGAAUUCUACCACAGCCUUCAGCAGCAACACUCCAAGGGCCCAGAGACGACCACGUCGGAGUACCCUACACAAGCCGACGUGGGUGUCAACGAGACCACUCGGGUUAACCCUGACCUCAAGAACUGA